UUUUUUUUUAAUAGCGGAGUGGUAUUAUAAUAGAUAAAUUAAACCUGCUAAAGAACAUGCAGUAAUGAAUUUCUAUUUUUACUCAUUUCUUAUUUAUAUUUUUUUAUUUCAAUUAAUACAUAAUAAUGGCAAGCCAAGAAUUUAGCAAUCCCUUAAGAAAGUUUAAACUUGUAUUCUUGGGAGAACAAAGUGUUGGUAAAACAUCACUCAUUACACGAUUCAUGUAUGAUACUUUUGAUAAUACAUAUCAAGUAAGUUACAACAUUUAUUCAAAAUUACAAUCACAAAUGAAUGAUAUGAAUUUUUUUUUAUGGGCUCUUUCUUUUAGGCUACAAUCGGUAUUGACUUUCUAUCAAAGACAAUGUAUUUAGAGGACAGAACAGUUCGUUUACAAUUAUGGGAUACAGCAGGACAAGUAGGUAUA